AUGACUGAUGUUAACCUUCCUCGAGCUUGCAGAAAUCUCACUUGUACUUCACCUCCCUCUCUCUCUCUCUCUCUCCUCUUUCUGGAAUCGGAAUCUGAAACGAUAAUGGGAAAAAUUCCGUUGAUUCUCCUCUUCUUCAUUCCAAUCGUAGCUUUCUCUCUCCGACCUCUCUCCCCCAAUCCAUGCCUCAGUAAACCAAUGCCCCAAACCCUCAGAUCAGAUCGUCUCACCGUUCUAAUCAACGGUUACUCCGAAUCACGCUUCCAUCUCCUCAGUUCGAUAGCAGCCAAGUACUCGUCCUGUCCGUCCGUAGCAGCAGUCUUCAUCCUCUGGGGUAACCCAAAAACCCCAACCGAAACCCUAACCCAAUUCAACAUCAACAUCACCGGCUCGUACUACGUCGGCGCACCGAUUUCCAUCCUUCGACAAUCCUCAGACAGUCUCAACUCCCGGUUCCUCCCCAGACCUUCUUGGAUCACAACCCGAGCCGUCGCGAUCUGCGAUGACGACGUUGAGAUCGACACCAAAUCCGUCGAAUUCGCAUUCAAGAUUUGGAGUUCUCAUCAAGACAACUUGAUCGGAUUCUUUGCGAGAUCUCACGAUUUCGAUCUUCGGCGGCGGACUUGGAUCUAUACCGUGCAUCCAGACAAGUACUCAAUAGUGCUCACGAAGUUCAUGAUCUUGAAAACUGAUUAUCUCUAUAUGUAUAGCUGCGAAUCCGAUAUGAAUGAGAUGAGAAAUGUGGUUGAUCGGAUGCAGAAUUGCGAGGACAUUUUGAUGAACUUUGUUAUUGCUGAAAGGACGAAGUCUGGGCCGAUUUUGAUCGGAGCAGAGAAGGUGAGGGAUUGGGGAGAUGCGAGGAACGAAAAGAGAGAAUCAUCAUCAUCAUCAUCAACAGAGGUGGAGGAUAAGAUGGUGCGAGAGGUAGGGUUGAGUAGUAGGAGAAGAGAUCACAGGAAGAGAAGAGGGGACUGCAUAAGAGAGUUUCAUAAGAUUUGGGGGAGAAUGUCUUUGAGAUACAGUUAUGGGAAGGUGGUUAAUUCAGUUGGAGAACAAGGGCUAUGUGAAAAAGGAGGCAAGUUGGUGUUCUGUGAUGAGCAAGUUCUGUUUUAAACGCUUGUAUCGGUAAUCUGCUGUGUGUAACUGUAACAUACCAAAAGAGCACUUAACUUGAAUGUUUAUUCUUUUGGGAAAACACCUUAACUUCAAUGUUAGAAGUUA